CGUUCUUGUUAUUUGCAUACAAUUAUAUACCAGCAUCCCGAUGGCAAAGGUUUCCAGGCUCAUGACAUUCACAUUCCUCUUCAGGUGCUGCAUCGCCUGGUCAUGGUCGCGCCAAUCUCCGGAUCAGUCUGCUAAGCAUGAUACUCAAGCUUUUUCAUCUCAGAUACACGCUGAGCUAUCCCGUGAAGAGAUCGACCUGAUUUCUAAACACACUGGCAACGGUGCAUUCGAUGGAUAUAUGCGUAAAAAUGACUGCUUUCAAGACGCCGCAAGGCACGCACAAAGUCGUUGUGAGGUAUCUCACAUGAGCGAGGAUGAACGUAUACAAGUCGCUAUCAGGCUCACCCUCUGUGAACUUGCUACAGCCCGCCAUCACACACCACCUCUCGAGUGUUCUCCGUUCAUUAACAAUGUCGGAUCACACGUUCCACAUCAUGCAGGUGAUUGUGUCGAUGCACUCUCUCGGAGCGCUCAAUUUUGGUCUAGCUACUCAGGGUACCUGCGAGAAAUCCCCCAGCUGUGCUUUGCGUUUCGUCGAUGGAUGGAAAUCGACACCGCAAAGGAUAUCUAUAGAAACAUAACCUUGGAGAAACUUGCUCUAAUUCGAUUUUUUCUCGAACAGCAGAGAGGAUUCACAGCUGCACAUCAGAACUGGGAGCGAUCGUCUACGGACCUACGCGAUCUUGUCAGCGUGUUGAAGUCGACUAGCGAUAACAUACGCGACGUUGCAGAUGUAACAUCCACUUCCAUUAUUCAAAAUGCGCAAUCACUAUUAACAAACAUGGAAGCUACUUUGUCAGUCAUCAACCAGCGCAGCUUCGAUGAUCAUAUUCAUUCGUUGGACAAGAUGACUUGAUAUCAAGCGUAUUGUUCUCAUUCCCUGGGCUUUCAAAGCGUUCCUAAAGCAAUACACAGCAUUCAAAAUCUGUGUCGUCGCUACUAUCACUCGUCGAAUCGCGUUUAACCGCUGAAAUUGAAUCAUCCACAUCAUUGAUGUUAGAGCAGAGCCUUCGAUCUCGGGCAGUUGCGGAUCAAGUUCAGCAAAAAUGGUCCGCGCUUGACGCGACUUUCUAUGCUAUGCAAAAUGUGACCGGUUCUCUUCCAUUUUUGUCGCAGGUUGACAUUAUCUGUAAUCUAGUCUUUCCACGACCUGCAAAGUUUGACCGCAG